AUGUACGGGAAGAACAAGAUGAUGGGAGUUCCUUCUGAAGCGCAGUCUAAGGAGAAGCUUGCCAUGUAUGUCCAUGAGUAUCUGGUGCAUAUUGGUGCUCAAAAAACGGCAAAUUCCUUUCUCCAAGAAAUUCGGUGGGAUAAAUCUAUUAGUGUUGGUGAACCGCCUGGUUUUCUGCAUUCUUGGUGGAGUGUUUUUUGGGAUUUGUAUAGUGCUGCACCAGAAAGGCGUGAUACCCAUGAACACACAACCGAGGCAAAAGCGUUCUAUGAUUAUGGUUUCGUAAAUUCUGGAUACCCAAAUGGUCUCCCUCAUGAGCACUGUAUGCCGGGGCGUCCCAUGCCCAAUGCACCUCCAUUUAUGCAUCGGGUCUCCCAGCCUGGUCCACAUCCUGGUCUUCAAGGAGCGGUGACUAGUAUGCCUCCAACCCUGGGAGGUGGUCCACCAGAAGCCCUCGGUGGUGGUGCGAUGCGUCAGCGUCCUACACUUCCACCGAUGAUGCCCGGUGGUCAGCCCCCUGGUCCCCCGAUGCAUCCCUCUAUGCGAUUUCACCAACCACCUUAUGGACCGCCUGUCGGAGGAAUGAUGCCAGGUCCACCGGGGCAUCCACACAUACCGCCGAGAGCGCGUUGGAUGGGUCCUGGAGGUCCCCAACCACAGCAAGCCCCUCCUCCAGUACCUCAACAACAGCCACCUUGUAGCAGCGUCGGCCCUCCCCUCCCACCCCAGGCCUCUGGUGGUGGUGGUGGCAUUGCUGCGAGUCCCGGUCACCCUGGCACUCCUGGUGGCGCUCCGCCCCAUGUUGCUAGUCCUAACAAUGGCAAUAAUCCUAACCCCGAGUCUCAGCCCCCACCAUCUCACUAUGCCCCACAACAGCAGACAUCGCCUGCAUCUUCGUCUAACCUCCCCAACGACCAGCAGUCUCAACCACAUCCAAUCUUCACAAAUCGGACCGAAUUUGACGGCGGACCUGCGGUUAUCAUGAAUGGUGGAAGCGGAAGAAGCAGUGGUCCUAUGAUGCCGCCCCCUCCUCCAGAGUACGGCCUUCCGCCCAAUUCUGCCGGCCCGGGUCUACCCUAUCCUGGUCCCGAUGUCAAAAUGUCCCCAAUGCAUGCAGUGGACAUGAUGGGUGGGCCUCCGCCCAAUGGACCAGGUCAGCAGUCGAUGAUGAUGCCUUCAGAGUACGGUGGAGGGCCGCCCGGUGGCGGGGGAGGCACUGGUGGGCCGGGAGGUGGUGGUGGAGGGGGCUUCGUAGGCGCACCACAGCCCCAGAUUCCACCGGAGAUGAUGACUGGUGGGCAGCCGCCGGGAAAUGGUGGGUCAUCGCAGCCUCCACCGUCAACCACGGGACCGCCAAUGAUGCAACCUCAGCAGCCGCACAAUAUGGUCGCUCCAGGACAGGCACCCCCACCACCUCAAUACAUGUCUUCGACUGGUGGGCUUUGUGGCGGUGGACAGGUUCAGUUCCCGGAAAAAGUAGCAACCAAAAUCGCUGAAUUGUUCACUGCUUGCGGCGGAGCUUGCGCAAUUGAAUCAAUAAUCGCGGAGCCAUGCAGUACCACCGCCGCUGCCGCCACCUCUCGUCACAGUCCUGCUCCUAGUCGCCCUCCCACUGCUGCUGCUGCCACCACACGCACACGUGCCAUCUGA